GGCUGUCUACGAUGCACCUGAGAUAAUGCUGCUUUUGAUGACUAUAGUAAUCAACUGUGCAUCUUAAUGUAAGUAGUGUAUUCUCAUUCAAGAAAGCAUAUUACUCAGUAAUAGUGUAAUCCAAGGAAAUUAUACAUUUUGUUAACUUCUCUCAAAUAAGUCUUAUUUAGAACUCACAGAGGAAGAUUUAGUAGGAGGCCAACUCUUCUUCCAUUCUACCAUAGACCUCAAAGUUCUGGAAUAGUAGAAAAGCAGAGAUUGUACUGGUCCUCUGUGUCUUAUCGUGCCAUGGUCUCAGGUUUCAUGGAGUGCCGCUAUGAAACCCUGUGACAUUUAAUAUGCUGCUAAAUAAAGACUAGGUGAAAAAAAAUAGCUGCACUUUGGGAAAGAAGCUCACAGCAUCAUGAGUAACAAAGCUUACUUUUAUGCUCUUCGUACUAUUCGGCAUUUCCAAACUUGUGAUUUUUCACUUAUUGGUAGGAAUUUUUUAUUUAAUAACAGAAGUUACUCUUCAAGAACAAAAUUAUUAAAAGGUGUUGCACAUUAUGUGAACAGACUGCAGCUUAAUAUUGCAUCCAGUCAAACAAACGUAAGUAUCAGGUUUUUAAGUCAAAAUACUCCCCUCAAUUCAAAGGAAAAUAAUGUAAAUCCUUUUGCUGAUGAUAAAGCUACUAUAGUAACUGAUCCUGAAGUAGGCACUGAUCUAAAGGGCAAACCAUAUUCCGAUGUUUUGGACCCUCUGGAAGAAGUUAACUACGAGCCGCAGUCAGUACCACCAGCGACAAAACAAUGCACGCAGUAUGAGAUUUUGCAGGCUCUUCAGAAAUGCACAUCUCCUUCAGAUGUUCUGGACCUAUGUGGAAGUUCCACGCUAAGUAUGAAAGUUGUCAGCAACUGUUUUACCACCAUGUGGGAAACCUCAAAGAAGAUUGGUAUUGAGCAUAGACGGUAUGAGAGCCAAAUCAUGUUUGACCAUCCGAACUUUGGGAACCUGUGUCGUCAGGCAAUGGAGAGAGCUCCCAGAAUGAACUCUAAUGACUUAGUUUACACACUGCAUGCUGUGGUGAAGCUACAAGUGUCCCAGCGCUCCAGGCUGGUGCAGACUUUAUUAAGAGUUUGUCAGGAACGACUCAAUGAAUUGAGUGAAAGAGAAAUCUCCAUUCUUGCCAGUUGUCUAGAUGGGAUGGAGAGCUGCAGAAAUGUGGAUGCUCUUAGAUCAGGACUAAGGCUCCUGGUGGAGUUACGGAUGUCGGACAUUAAGGGUGUUCUGCAACUGCAGACUAUGAUAAGAUGUGUUGGAAAAGAUGCCCCAUUAUCUCUUAAGAAGAAACUGGAGAAUAAAGCAUUGCAGAUGGCUGAUAAGUUCACUGUUCCUAAUGCUCAGUACAUGUUCAGCACUCUGGCAGCAAUUAACCUGCGCUCUCUUCCUCUUCUGGAUAUUUGCAGUGACAAACUUAUUGAUAAUAUUGAUGCUCUCUCAUUCUGGAGAAUAAUCCAUGUCCUGCAGGCCUGCCGGGACCUUAACUAUCAUAAUGAAGAAUUGCUGACUUCCAUAGGAGAUCAUAUAGUAUCCACACUGUACAUGUGGCAGACAAAGCAGAUCACAUUGUUCCUUUCUUUACUGGAAAAGCUCCACUUCCGACACAUCGCUCUACUGGAUUGUUUUGCAGAAAGAGUGAUCAAAAGCCCAGAGUCGCUCACGUUUAAGGACCUGCUGAUAUCAGUCAAAGUUUAUUCUCUUCUGAAUCACCUUCCCAAGGGUCAGAGCCAGCAGUUCCUCGAUGCUUUAAACACUUCUCUCCAGUUAUAUCUACCUCGGAUUCCUCCACUAGAACUACUUAGAGUUGUUUACUCCUUCUGCAUACUGGGAUACUUCCCUCAAGCUCCUCUAGAUCAGUUACUAAAAGAAGAAGUUUUGCAUGAGCUGCUCAACUCAGUAAAUCAAAAUGUUGAAAUAAGUGAGCGCAUGUUGUACCGUGUUAAUCUGUGUUUGGAGCUGGACAAACUUGCUGAAACAAAGUCUCAGAUGAGGACACUGGGAACAUCUUCCACUGCAAACCUUGCCACCCCUCCAGAAGUUCUGGAAACUCUUCUAAAAAUCGUUGGAGAGCCAGAUCUCUUCCUACAAAAUAUCAAGCUGCCUAAUGACUACUAUUUUGAUUUUGAGAUUGCUUUGGAUGCAGAACAAAAGAAGAUAAUUCCUGUCACGGAGACCUGUUCCCCUCAUGUCAAGAGACUGGCUGUGUUGUGCUGCCCAAUUACCUUGUUUUGCCUUGGAACUCUUCAUCCACUAGGAAAGCUGGCAAUGAAAGUGAGGCAUAUCAAGGCCCUUGGUUACCACGUAGUACUAGUCCCUCUACAUGAAUUUGCAAAGCUAAAUGACUCUGAAAGAAUAGAGUUCCUUAGUAGUCAGAUAUUCUCUGUAGAAAACACCACCAGUGCUCAGGAGAUGAAUACAGAGCAUGCAAGACAUGAUGAACUAAACCUCCAGCCAAGGAACUAACCCAUCCAGUGUCCAGUCGGUUAAUGAGAAACAAUCAGCUGUAGUGGGCAGUAUCUCAUGAGCUACAUACAAUGAUGUUGGAUUCAGAUGCACCUAUGGUUAUAUAUGCAACACAGGUCUUCAAUGUUGUGCUCCAGUUUAGGAUAAUAUUAACAUGGAUAAUACUCUUAAUGUUGGACAAUGCUCCUUUUCUAUUUUACCCCAUCCCAUUUUUUGUUUAUGUAGAAAAAAAACUGCUUAUUUGCAUUCAGGAUAUUUAUGGAUGAUGCGCUGUUGGAGACAACUACAACCUUAUGCUUUCUGAUAUUUUGUUUUUUAUGUUAAGGGAAAAUUUUGACAAUCGGGUUCAUAUAGAAAUGAUGACGUUUGCCAAAAACCAUUUUAAAGCAACAGAGCAAGCAUUUCUGCUUUAAUUAUUGGACUAAUUUAUUGUCUAAUGAUUCACUGUAAUCAUAUAUACAAUGUACUCUCAAAUAAAAUCGUGAAUAUUGCUGUA